GCCUUUCUCACUCUUCCUCUUGAUAGCCUCCAUCUCUCCCAUGUCGCUCUUUUAUUCUUUCGCGCCGUGUAAUUUUUUGUGAUGCUGAGCUGACAGUUAUUUCCCUACUUUUCCCUACCGUUUGGGCUCGCCGACCAUGGCGCCUCCAACAUUCGCAGAUGUCCUUCCGGUUAAGCAAAUCUCCUCGCAUCAAUAUGCUGUCACCUUCGAAAAUGAAUGGUGUAUAGGAACCGUCCCCAAUGGCGGUUACGUUACUUCGGCCUUCCUCAUGGUUGCGCGCGCCCAUAUGUCUCGCACCCACCGCAAUCACUCCGGAUCACUCCCCAUCAAUUUGCACCUGGAAUUUCUGCGCCGCACCUCCGUGGGGCCGGCCGUCUUCACUGUGAAAGACAUCAAAUUGGGUGCGCGUAUCAGCAACUUACACGUCGUUCUGGCACAAAAACAAGAACACAAUGAUCAAUGGCAGGAUGAGGUGCAAGGCUAUAUAACCAUGAGCAAGAUUGCAACCGAGGAGGGCCUGAGCCUUGACACCCAGUAUCAGCCCUGGCCGCCCGCUUUGCCUGUGAAUCUUGAGCUUUUGGGUGCCAAAGGCCGAGACGAAAACUACAUUAUUCGCGCAAAUGAUCCCUUUCCUUCCUUCCGUCGCGCCGCACAAAAUAUUCAGAUUUUCCUGGUCCAGCCUGAUCGCCGACCACCACCGGGCCAGUCUGGUCGACCCCGAGCAAUAGUGGACCAGUGGGUUCGGUUUGCGCCCAAGACGCCUUCGCUCAAUCCCAGCAAGAACAUCACAGGUCGCUGGACCAACGACGCUCUUGGGUUUGUGGUUGAUAUGUUUCCGCAAAUCGUCGAGUCAUAUGUCAAUCCUUUCGUCGAGGAGGCUGCAAUCGGGCUACACAGCGAAGCCGAACUCAAGAAAUUCCUGACAUCAAAUGAACCGCGGGCCAAGUUUUGGUAUCCGACGCUCACUUUGAACUUGGACGUUAAAAAGUUAUUGCCAGAGGAGGGCGUGGAGUGGUUGUUUGUGCGAGUAAUGGCCAAGGCAAUCAGGAAUGGCCGGUUCGAUUUGAAUAUCGAGGUUUGGGAUGAAGCUGGGGAAUUGGUGGCGAGCAGUACACAUGCAAGCCUCAUUUUGGACGCUAGUCGAAACAUUACCAGAAAACCGAAGGAAAAGAAGGAUGUAAAGCUAUAGGACUGUGAGCAGUCGAUGAGAAGUAUAUGGUCGGCGCCUCUGGGAAUAGGAAGCCACAGAUGAACCAGAUAUAGACAUAGAUUUGAAGAGAAUAUGGCAUGCUGCCACCGUAAAUGAAAAGAUGAGCACUCUACAAGGUU